AUGUGCACAUUAGAGAAGCGUGGCGAUCUCUUCUUCCUAACCUUAACCGGCGACGACGAGCAUAAACUCCACCCCGACACCAUCGCCUCCAUUCUUUCACUUCUUGAACAAGCCAAAUCUCAGUCCACUCGUGGCUCCGUCCUCAUCACCACAGGUCAUGGAAAGUUCUUCUCUAACGGCUUCGAUCUUGCAUGGGCUCAAUCCUCUGGAUCCGAAAGUGGAGCCAUAAACCGGAUGCACCAAAUGGUCGAAUCCUUUAAACCUGUUGUAGCAGCGCUAUUCGAUCUCCCCAUGCCGACGAUCGCCGCCUUGAACGGCCACGCGGCCGCCUCGGGGCUGAUGUUUGCGCUGAGCCACGACUACGUUUACAUGAGGAAAGACCGUGGGGUUUUAUACAUGAGCGAGGUGGAUCUUGGCCUGCCAAUACCGGACUACUUCGCAGUCAUGUUCGUGGCAAAGAUCGGGACGAGUAUUGCGAGGCGGGAACUGUUGCUUAGCGGGAAGAAGAUCAAAGGAGAGGAAGCGGUGGCUUUAGGGAUCGUUGACUCGGCCGCGCACGAUAGUGCGGAAGGUGUGGUGGAGGCUACGGUGAGCCUUGGUGAGAGUUUGGCGGCGAAGAAGUGGAAAGGUGAGGUUUAUGCGUCUAUUAGGAAGAGUUUAUAUCCGGAGGUGUGUGGGAUGCUGAGUUUAACGGCCUUGGCCAAGUUCUCUGCAACUCCUUAA